CUAGAUUCCUUUCAGGUAUAUUUUAGUGGACAGUGUCAAUUUAUCAGAAGAAGCUAGCACUCUGGUUCGGGACACAAACAAAACUCUUUAAAAGACGUAAGUAUUCUAGAGAGAUUAAAAUUGACAAGAUGGUUGAUUUGUGGAUUAGCAUCAUGAAUAUCAUGAAUAGAACAUACUGUAUUGAUCAAGUAAAAACAAUGAAAUUAUUAUGGCAUGAAAUAUCAUUGAUGCAUGGUAAAGGUAAAACUAGCUCGUCAAAAUAAGUCACCUUUAAAACAAAAAUUGUGCAAUUUGUGCGUUACUAUAUAGGCAGCACUUGCAGUGUAUAUACAGUAACAUUUAAAUGCAGGAUGCGUACAUUAUUUUACAUUGAAGGAGUUUUUAGAUUUCGAGUGUAAUACAUUUUGGACCCAACCAGAAGCACCUACGAAUAAUGCAACACUAGCCCCUCAGGCAGGAAUCUAACCUGCCUCCCUGCGAUUCCGGUGUAGCGCUCUAACCAACAGAACUACAGGGCCCAGUUGUCGAGUAUUAAUCACAAGUUCAUGUGUACGUUGUCUCGAACUGAACUAACAGUUCUGUCGAGUGGGAUGCCCAAAAUCUUGAUAUAAUAUAUACCCAUGUUGAUGAACUUGUUCAGUAAAGCUCGACAACUGACCUCUGUAGCCGUCAAUUAGCCUUUCUCACGAUGACGAAUUUUUGGGUCGCAUCUAAUUCUCGUUAACCAAUGCAGACAAUUAAAACAAUGUGAAAAGCAAUUUUUCAAAAUAAACUAACCAUUUACAAAGCAAAUUUACCAUCAUUCGUCCAAAAAAUUAUAAAAAGUCGCUGUUAUGUGGACUUACCUCGCAGACUUCGGCUGAAAUGCGACCCAAAACUGGCGGCGUGAGAAAGGUUAAUUGGUUAUAGAUUCGAUUCCUGCCAGAGAGCCUUUAGUUGCGUGUAAAAAUAAUGUGUAAUAUAAUUAUGUGUAAAAAUUCCACUCAAAAUUUCAAUCUGUAAAUCACUUCAACAAUGCUCAUGUGCUCUAUAACUUUACGUUACAUAACUAUUAUUAUUAUUUAAGGUAAUCGUACAAGACUUCUAAAACCUUGUCACAGCUGAACUUACAUGCAUAAUGGCUCAGUCGGAGACAACAAAUACCCACUUACACAAAGUACUGACCCAUCGAAACUACAUGCAUCACGUUACCCUUCAAAAGCAGUUGAAUAUUUAUGACAGACAGAAGAAACUCGUCGAAAGAGAAUUGCUCCAAAUUACUAAAGUGCGAGAAGCAAUUCAACAAAUCAAUAAAGGUUUACCGAAAAAAUCACAAAGAUUCAAGAAACGAGGUAGCACUGCAAACAAUUUGACAAAGAAGUCAAAAUAUCAUUCAUCUUUUGUGAUGAAAAGUGGGAAAACUGUUGAUGACAGGGAACAAGGAUUGAGAGAGCAGGGAGUAGUCGAUGAUAAGAUUGAAAAUGGCAACGACGGACCAAUAAUGGUCAAUGAAGAACCGUUAUUUGGAUCAAAAGAUGAGAAAAUUGCUCACUGUUCGAUACAAUCGUUUCGAGAGCAAUGGGAAGAAGACUAUGCAACUGGAGGUAUUGAUAGGAAAACUUUAUUUAAACACGCUUAUAAUAUCCACCUAACUGUUUUCCAGGGCCGUAACUACGGGGGAAAAUGGGAGGGUCCGCCUCCCCUCCCUCCACACUUUUCUUCAGGACCAAUUUUGUAAUUCUUCCAAAACUGACGAGAAAUGGGGGGGGGGGCGUAAACUCGUAAAGUUUACCAAAUCUGUGCCGGGCUUUCAUAUUACCAUAAACGGCCAAACGGGUCUAAAAUUUCAUGAAAAAGCGUUUCGCAGACACUAAAAAUAGAAAAAUCUUCUGGGGGACCAUGCCACCGGACGGCCAGUUCCCCUUAAUUGUUCUGUGUAUUCAACAGAUGAACCCACUCCCCCACCUCCCCACACGUCUGGGGCUGGCUAUGCCCUGCUGUUUUCCACAGCGGGCUUGAACAAUAAUGUAAACUAUAUAGUAAACUGUCACCAGAAAGCUAUGUGGAAGAAUGUAAAACACACAGUAAGGAGAGGCUAGCAACAGACCCAAGGCCCAAACAAGGCAUUUAUGUCAGGCCCUAUUUUCCCUCCCAUUCACCCACAUUUAAGGAAGGGAAAAUGAUCUGAUACUCAGGCUAGUCAAAAAUCUUCCUUGCUGUCGGUUAGUACCCCAUAUUAGAUCUGCAAGUGAAACCGAAUAGUGGAGAUUUGAGGUCAUUCAUCCAAUAAUUGGCUAACUUUAUACAUUGCAUCUCUAACGUAAUGUAAAUAAGCAAAUAAUUUAGUUGUUUUUGUGACCACGUAUUGUUGCCAAGCGAUUCUUACUUUUAGUAGAUGAGUUUUGUAGAUGGAAAUUUCGAAUGUGAAUUUUGUACAUUUAAUAUUGGACCUAACUAAGAGCUGUUGUGAAAAACGCAAUUAUAAACCCUGCGACCUUGUGAUGACUCGGAAUUGAACCUGCGACCAUGUGAUUACGGUGCAGCGCUCUACAACCAACUGAGCUGCAGAGGACAGUUGUCGAGCUCUAAUCGCAAGUUCAUACAUAUAUACCAUGGAUUGUAAAAUAACUGGAUAGGAAACUUUCAUGACGUCACAGUCUAAACCUAGUUGCAAUCUGUGACGUCACGCAUAUUCCAAAUAUAUACAAAAGUUCUCGGCAUUUUUGUUGUUUCGCUAUAUUUUCCGCUUUAAAAAAGUAAUAUUGAAGCAUAAACUGGUCUAAUUGUUUUAAAAACAUGCCUAAGCCACGACAAAGUAUUCAAGGUAAAUGUUUUUCGCCUUUGUUUUGUAUUUUUUUACAUUUGUAGCUACGAAAUUGGCGUCCCCAAUUUUAACGAAAUUUGCGAUGCAUUUUUCACUGUUCAGUGCUUGAAAUAUUUGCUAAAAUUGACUGGAAAUACUUAGAGAUUUCAUCGUAGAAUGGCGUAGUUAUAUUUAUUUUCUCUUUGACUAAAAUGUUUAGCUGUAUUAUUGCUAAACAUGCCGUUUUUGAGAAUUUGGUUUGCAACUAGGUCACAGAUGAUAGAUAAUACCAGAUGUCUCACUGUGUAUCUAUCCCUAUGAUUUUUGUGUCCGCGAUUUUCGCGAGGCUAUCACGCCAGAUGACGCGUGCGACACUUACUGCCAAAAUGGCGCUAACUGCCAAAAUGCGUGAUUGCUCACGUUUCAUGGCGUGGAUUACACUUACUGCCAAAAUGGCGGCCAACGCGUGCUGAUAAAAAAUCGCGGACACAAUUUUGGCUAAGUGAGACAUUUGGUAUAAUCUAUCAUCUGUGACUAGGUUUCAACAUGCAAUCACGCCAUCAGCCCAUUGAAAACAUUAGGUUACGUCAACUAGUUUCCUAUCCAUUUAUUUUAUUAUCCCUGAUAUAUACUAAGGUGAUGCCAAUGUAAAGUGUAUGCAAAAUAUCAGGAUUUUGGCCAUCUACACUCGAUAGAACUCAUGCAUUGUGCAUGGAUUGUAGAUCGCAGGGCCGCAGAUUCGAUUCCUGCGAGAGUCAUGUAAAUGCCCAAAAUCCUGAUUUUUACUUUUACUCUUCUUACUUUCCAGGUGUGUUACGCAAGGAAGAACACCACAAAGCCUCUUCGAGUAACGCUAUGAGUGAAUCUAGAUCUAACAUUGAGCCAGUCGCGCAAAGAAGAAUAAGUAGAACAAUUGAUUCAAAAUCUAAUACGGUGCCAGCGGAUAAUCAGAUUCCAGGAAAACGUUCAGUACCUCCACCAGAAAGCAGCAAUCCAUCAAACGGAAAUGAUGGGAAAAUGACGACAGAAAAAGAUGAUAAAAAUAUCACAAGUCAGUUAACAGUUAGCACAGGGAAUGAGAAGCUUUUUACUCGGAGAAGACCACCUUAUAUGAAAUCGUGUUCUUCACCAAGUUUGCCCGUUCAAAAACUGGAAGAAGCUGUGGAAAGUGAAGGAAAUUUGAACAAACGGUGUGAAAUUUAUCGUUUACCAAAAACACCAACAGGAAUGGUAAAUAAAGAUAGAUAUGUGAAUUCUGAUGAAGAUCUUUACAGGAAAAGCUUAUUAGCUAACCAUGCGAAUGCCGGAACUAAACUCCCUACACUUAUUAACAUCGUUGCUCCGGAUGGGAACGCAAACAAACUGAUCAAUGCCUCUAACCUUGUGAAUAACGUGCAAUGUUUGGAAGCAGAGAAGACUAAUUUAUCGUCCACUUUUGGUGCUUUCCCAAAUAGCGAUGUAUGCAGCUUGGUGCAAAGAUCACGGCCAAGAUCAAAAACUGUAUCUGACCUGGAAACAUCCAAACCAAAAGCUGGCUGCUUGGAAUUCACCGGGAAGGCAAAGAAGGGUUACAGAAUCACCGCUUUUCCUCAGCACCUCUUCAAACAACGACGUCUGUGUUAUAGACAGACCUCGCACAAGAGCUACGACUGUAUCUAAUUUGGAAAAUUCAUUCCCAGAAUACGGUCGACUCAGGUCGAAAACUGAGUCGUGUAAUAUCCUUCCAGGUUGUCAGCAGAGAUCAGCGCGCGAUUCUAAUUGGUUUUUCGAAAACCCUCGUCCGCGUUCCGUAACGGUAACUGGCACGAACGAAAACUGGACGAAAGCCGGAGUUAAAAGCGCACCAGGAAUGGAAUGUUAUAGAAAUAAAUCACAAAGUUGUAAAUCCGAAAGACUAUCUGAAGACGAGGCAAUUGCUAUCAAGGGAAAGUUUCGGCAGAUUGGGCAUUCGGUUCUAGCGACUGCACUCAUGAAGAAAAUGACCAAAAAGCAUUGAAAAACAAACACCGGUCUAAAACCUCUAAAACCCCAUCCUUUUGACUUUCCUCUAAAACCCCAUCCUUUUGACCCCAUCCUUUUGACCUCUAAAACCCCAUCCUUUUUGAAUUUCAUUUUUUUAGCUAUUUAUUUGGUUAGGCAACUUGAUUAAAUAUUUUAAUCGAUUAGACCAAGUUUGAUUAUUUGGGCAUGCGUGAUCCUAGCGAGCAAUAUAUGCGGGGG